AUGAGAAAUCUCAACUCUUCUCUCGACACUGGCGAGAACCCAUCCCCAUCCACAAACAACUCUCUCACCGUCAUCACUCCAACCGAAAAAAUUACUUCCAAAUCCUUCAAUUAUGUCAAUCUCGAUUUGAUCGAUAAAGAAUUAGCAUGUCCCAUUUGCUUCUUUCCCUUCUAUGAUCCCGUGGUUCAUUCUUCAUGUGGAAAUACAUUCUGUCGUGAAUGUGUCAAUUCACUCUUGCAAUGUCCAAUCUGUCACGAAGGUGAUUUUUCCUCUGAAAAAGUGACUGUUGUGAAAAUUAUUCGAAAUCAAUUGGACAAGUUAGCAGUAUUUUGUCCCAUGUGUAAGAAUGUUGUGAAUCGAGGUGAAUUGAAGAAUCAUCAAGAGAAAUAUUGUCCUCUUCACGAUGCGUAUCAACAAGUGGAACAAAUGAAACGUGAUUUGGAGAAGGAAUUUGAAGAAAAGAAAAUGAAAUUGGAACAAGAGUUUCAAGAACAAUCUCAGCAAUUAGAACAAGAGUUUCAAGAAAAGAAUCAGAAAUUGGAUCGAGAACAUUCUCUCUAUUUGGAACAAGCAGAAAAUGAAUUGAAACAAAAAGAAAAGGAAUUGAUGAAACAAUUUUAA